CAGGGUCAACCGGAGAACCUGACGGCUUCAAGGCAGACAGGAGGUUCUCAAGAGAGGACAAAGAAAGCAAGUCAAAGUUAUCCAGAGACCGAAGCCGAAUGGGUUCAGGACGACUAGUGACAUAGGGAGAACUAAUCUGAGCCCGGAUACUAGCAAUUUUUCCAAGAAAAAAUUUCAGAAAUUGAGUGCAUUGAGCAUCCGAGGUAGUAAGAGAGUGGUGGUCACUGGCUGAAAGAACAGCAUUGAGGGUCUGAUACAGGACACGCUGGUUGCCAAAGGAUGCAGUAAUAAUAUUUGAAAAGAAUUUAUUACAGGCAUCUUUAACUACUUUCUGGUAACGAGCCCAGGUAUCUAUCAUUAUUUGGUAUGAAAUCUGAAACUUAUCCUUUUUCCAUCUACGCUCGGCUCUUCUGCACUCACGCCUGACAGAUCUGGUAGUUGCACUGAUCCAGGGAUCCGACCGAACUUUAGAGCGUCUAGUUCUCAUAGGGGCUAUCUGAUCUAGCACAGUAAGGCAGGAAGAUUGAAAAAAGUGCAACAAAUCAUCAGUGCUAGAAAACACCGGCAAAGUGGAAACAAGAUCAGUGAAUAAAGUACAGAAUUCUGUUGCAGUAGAUGGUGUAAAAGAUCGGGCUCUGCGAGCAGGCAUUAAAUUACUUAAAGAGGCAUUGGAUCUAUGAAGGCGAAACAAAACCGGGAAAUGAUCUGAAAUAUGGACAGCAUCAACAAACAUGUCAGUGAUCUUCAAGCCAUGAGUGAGAACCAAGUCCAAGAUGUGAGAGCGUUCAUGUGUUGGCAUAUUAACCAACUGGGCCAGGCCAAAAGAGUCAAUAACAUUUAAAAAUUCUCCCACAAGAGGCUUCUCAGGGCAGCAAACAUGAAUAUUAAAAUCACCUAAGAUAAGAACACAUUCAUAGUGUGAACAGAUAUCAGAUAAAAUAUCAGAAAACUGGGUUAUAAAGUCUCUGCUGUAUUUUGGAGGACGGUACAGCAAGGCACAGAGAACGGGAGGUGAAGAACACAGUUCAAAGGCAGUUAACUCAAAGCUGGUAAAAUCAGGGAAGGUGAUGGGUUUACAAGCAAUAGUCCGUUUGAAGAUGGUCAAAAGACCACCACCACGACCAGUUGUUCUUGGAUUAUUAAAAUAUGCACAGUCAGAAGGUAAAGUUUCAGUAAUACUGGCUAAAUCAUCAGGAGCAAUCCAAGAUUCCGUUAUGAGAAGGAAAUCCAGAUUAUUGUCAAUAAAAUAAUCCUUAAUAAUGAAUGAUUUAUUGCCAAGAGAGCGAGUAUUCAUCAGGGCAAACCUGUACGGCGGUACUGGAUCCAACCUGGGUGUAUUAGAAGAGAUGUGCUUCAGAACCCGAAUGUUUGAGAAAUCCACACCACGGUGGCACCAGCAGGGAGACGGAGCAGGGUGAGACGAGGACGCAGCGCAGAGGCCAGAGGCAGAGCCGGGAGCGGAGAAGAGCCGCCGGUCCACAGACUCCAGGUAACACCUCACAGAGCGGCAUCGAGCCGGCACACCCAUUCGAGACUGCAUGAAUCCCGAGGUGCGUGCCAGCUCAGCUCGCACACGGACCAGACAGCCACCACGCUUACCACGCCGACGGCGCCGCUUCCUGAACCACAACGGACCGGGGAUUCUCCACAGAGAGGCUGGAAUAGUAGAGCGCAGCAUUUGCAGGGUCUCGCGAUGGUAGUGGUGGUAAUCCUGGCCAGGGAGCCAAGGCGAACGAAAAUCCAGGAGGUUGGCACGGUCAUAAGUCAGGAUAGCAGUCCCAACAUUAACCACAAAACACAAGAACAGCGAAAAAAUUAAAAAAAUAGAGAACAGCAGACGGCUUGCCGAACACGCUGGCGCCAUCUUGCCACACCCCCUCGAUUUUAGCAAUGAAAAAGCACAAGUCGUCGUUUACUUGAUUAUUUUUUACUUAAUAUUGUGUUAAAUCUCAGUGUUAAUGUGUCGCUAUGGUAGAUGGGUCAGUCAUUGGCAUUAAGAACUUGCGUUAACAUUUUUGAUCCUGCAAGUUUAUUUUUGUAAUGUGUUGGUAAUUUUUUCUGUAAUAAUAAAUGACUGUCCAUGUUUUUUCUGUUGAGUUAUACUUUCUUUAUUCUGUGUGUUUUUUGGUGGUGCAACCCUAUUGGCUUUGAGACUGUGGAAAAUUAGAGGAAUAAUGAAUUGUGAUUACUAUAGACAAUUUCAUACAGUACUCAAAGCCAGUGCUAUUCAAAAUAAGGUAAUGACAUGUAUUUGUUAGGGUCCGUGGGUCGUUGAGCCAUAGUGUUAAUUUCUCAUUACUGUUGUACUUUGAUUUUUGCUUUUGUUUACCAUAUGUAGUCUUUUGGUUUCUUUGUCAUAGUUGUACCUUUUGUUUCUUUUCUGUGUUCCAUAGUUGCUGUCUACCCUUUCUGCUGUAUCGACGUGUCAAGUCUGCGUCUGUGUUUUUUUUUCAUGAUUUAAUUAGAAAGUCUAUGUCUCAUGUUAAAGUGUCUGUUUUUGCUUCCUUUGUCUCGUUAGGCCUGAGUUGCCACAGCUGUAGUUCCAUCCUGUUUCCCAUUCCCUGCUGGCUCCCUCUGUGUUUUUCAGCCCUGUGUUUUCAUCUAUACAUCUCACGAUCUACUCUCUACUAUGCUGUGUGUUGUGCCUGCCAGCCACCGUGCAAAACUGGUUCAUUUUGUGUUCUAGUUCAGAACAGUUGUCUGUUUGCCGUCCAGCAUUAUUGCUGUAGUUAAGUUCACAUUUGUUUCCGCGACUCUGCAUUUUGGGUACUUUACCUGCCUGCACGUGGCCCUGACAUGACAGUAUAACCCUUGCACAGGGAGUUCUUCAAGAUGAGGCGUACUGCUAUCAACAAGACUGACUGGGUGGAUAUAAAGUUACAAGGAGAAGUUGUGAAACACCCAGUACAGAAGGACACAAAUUGCUGCGGUGUGAUUGUCAUCUUGAUGGCUAAGGCGUUUAUGGAGCCCUUUCCAAAAAAAACCAGGCAUGACAUUUAAAACAACACCGAAAGCAAUGGUGCAACAGCGUGAAGCCAUUGCUUCACAAAUACUGGGAGCCUCAGUAUUCGAGGCAGAAAACAACUGCGCCAUGUGUUCAACCCCAAAACCACCUUUUCCAGGGCCUUCUAUCACCAAAUGGGUCAAUGUGGUCCUGCAAGAGACCACUUGGUCGUUGAACAAACCCAAGUUAUGAAGAAUCUUGACAACCGAACAGGAUGUGAUCCCACCGGAACAGCCAACUGUGGUGAGAAGGUGCACAAAGAGCAAGAGCCACAAAGAUGUCCGAGAUCUGUAACCGUUAUAGGAGACAAACGGCCUCCAGUUGCAUCAGGAAGAGCUUCUCUUUAUGGAUCAGUGAGAGGUGCAGGAGCUGCUACUGUGGCUGCUGGUCCUUCCAGAGCUGUCCAGAAGGUGCCCACAGCUUCGACUGCUCCUAAAGGUGCAGCCAAACCGCCCGCUGCCACUAAAGCAGGUGGGACCGGGGCUCCGAGGAGACAAGCAUGGGACCUGAAGGGCAAGGUCAGCGACAUGGAGGGCAAGAUCCGCAACUGCCAGACCAAGGUCCGGUCUGUGGACGAGAAUGAGAUCCUGAAAGGCUCCGUGGCCCAGAGCCACAACCGACUGUCUAACCUGGAAGAGGUGGAGAGUCAGAAGAGCAAAAUCUGUGGGUAUGAAGUGGAGCUGCAGGCUUUGUGUGGAGUCCGUGAGGAUCUAAAACACAUGACCAUUGAGAAGAACUGCCUUCAGAGGGAACUUUCUGAUCUGGAGGCAAAAUACAAAGUCAUGGAGACUCUGAGGGACAGCCAGGAGGCCGAGCUGCAGACUCUGAAGUCUCACACGGGGAAAAGUGCAGACUCUCAGAAGAAUUACCGUUUUAGCUUUGACCAGGUGUCCGGUCCGCACGCUUCACAACAGCAGAUCUUUGAAGAGAUCUCGCUGCUGGUACAGUCGGCGCUGGACGGGUACGGCGUCUGCUGCUUCGCGUACGGGCAGACGGGAAGUGGGGAGACGUUCACCAUGGAGGGGGAGGAGUUUGAUGACAGCAGAGGCGUCAUUCCCAGGGCUGUGCAGCAGAUCUUUAGAGCGGGCGAGACGCUGGAGUCUCAGGGCUGGGAGUUCAGCUUCACGGCUAGCUUUGUGGAGAUUUACAACGAGACUCUGAGGGACCUGCUGUACACGGGCAAGCCCAGCAAGAGACUAAAGCACGAGAUCAGGAAGAGCAACAACAACGAAGUGACGGUUACAAACCUGACCUACAAGCAGGUCUGCUCUGAGGGUCAGGUCCUCGACCUGAUUGCUCUGGCAAAGCAGAACCGCUCCACGGCCCAGACGCUUCAGAAUGACCGCUCCUCUCGCUCCCACUCCGUGUUCCAGCUGCAGAUCGAGGGAGCGAACACCGGCAGGGACGUCCGGUGCAAAUCCACGCUUUGCCUGGUGGAUCUGGCCGGUAGUGAGCGGAUGGCGAAGAGCCAGUCUCAGGGGGAGCGCUUUAAGGAGAUAACGUCCAUAAAUAGUUCCCUGUCCAACCUGGGGAUCGUCAUCACCUCUCUGGCUAACAAGGAGAGCCACGUCCCCUACAGGAACUCCAAGCUAACCUACCUCCUGCAGGGAUGCCUGGGAGGAAACAGCAAAACAUUGAUGUUCGUCAACAUUUCCCCCGAGCCGGACAGCUUUGGGGAAACUCUGAACUCCCUGAGUUUUGCCAGUAAGGUGAACGACUGCGUCAUCGGGAUGGCCAGCUCCAACAGAAAGUAGAAAUUUAGCCUCCAAUUAUUAUUAUUUUUUAACUUAUUAUGUACACACCAUCAUAUAAAUAGUGACUCCAUGGUUCAGUUUGAAGCCUGGUCUACACUCUCGUGUCUCAAUUGUAAAAACCAAAAACAUUAGUUUUUUUCUCAGGUACCCUGAGUUCUUACAGGUUUUAGCCUCAUUUUAUAAAUUCUCUGUGUGUGUUUUUAGCAGUUUUUAAGCUUUAAUUAAAAUUGUAUGAAUUUUACUAAUGAAAACAAUCAUAUUCUGUUUUUACCAUCUUUUCUUGUUGUGUCUUAAUAAAUAUUUUACCUGAUGAGCUGCUCCUGUUUUCUUCCUUAUUGUUUUAAAUUACUUAUAUUCUUACUUCUCCAAGAAAAGAAAACACUUGGCCAAUAUAGUAGACCACUUUUUAACAUUUCAAGAAAUUUUUAUUUCAGAAAGAUUUAUAAGUGUCAGAACUAUUAUUCAUGUUUUUGAUUAUCAUGUUUUAUGCUUUUAUUACAAUUAAAGAUUGUUUUAUUUAUGCUUUUAUUACAAUUAAAGAUUGUUUUAUUUACCAUGUUUUAUGCUCAAUGAUUUUAUCUUUUAUGUACCUAAACAGUUGCUGUAUUGUAAAAUUCCCUCAUGAGUUUUUAAGAGUGUUAAAACCUGGCUUAAUGUGGCCCAAGGACGACCUGAGAAGAUCCGAUGUUCUAUCAAUUGCUGACUCAUCGUGUGAUAAGACACUGAAAGUUCUUUGUGUAAUUAUGAAUGCUCUUUGUUUUAAACUUGCAGGACUGAGAGCUGUGUUUUUCCCCCUCCCUUCAGAAUCAGCUCUCAGGCAUGUAACUAGGGAACUCCCGAUUGUAAUAAAUAUGGGUGCUCGGAUUUCAGAGGUCAGAAUGGUUUCAGGAAGCAUCAGCUCAGUGGAGACUGGGAUGGUGUGACUUUAUUCCAUUCUCCUCAAGCUUAAACAGAA